CGUAUAUAGACUUUGCUCUGACAGCGUUUGAAUCUGAUUUUAUUUUGUCAUUUAACUUGAUUUAUAAUAAAUGUAAAAUAAAAACAAUAAUAAAAAUAUUUUUAAAAAAUAAUAAUAAAAUCUAUAAAUGUAAUAAAAGUGUACAGUUUAGUUGAUAAAAAAAUAAAACAACAAUAAAUAAAUUUAACUUGUGAUAAAAUUUAACCUACAGAUCUUUUUUUGUCUAUAGUUUUACGUACUUUCACCUUCUUAAGUAAAUAUAAUCCUCAUUGCAGGUAAGUUAUGUUCAAUAAUGGGGAGCAGUGCUCAAUUGUACAGUUUAUCUUGGGGUGAAUUUAGCACAUCACUAACAUCAGCAGUGCAACUACUCCGAGGGCAUGGUGAUCUUGUUGAUGUAACAUUGGCAGCUGGUGGUCGUAGUUAUCCAGCCCAUAAAAUAGUUCUUUCUGCCGCAAGUCCAUUUUUAUUAGAUUUGCUUAAGAGUACACCAUGUGAGCAUCCAGUUGUUCUGCUCGCUGGAGUAAGCUCUGAUGAUUUAGAAUCUCUGUUAGAAUUUGUUUAUAAAGGUGAAGUGAGUGUAGAACCAUCACAAUUGCCUUCAUUACUACAAGCAGCUCAUUGUUUGAGUAUCCAUGGACUUGCAUCUCCAACAAUAUUGACUGAAAAUGGCGAAGAAGUACCUCCUACCGCAAUACCAACAGCAACUGAACCAGUAACACGAGAAAUAAUGAAUUCAUGUAUCCCAAUAAAUCGUAGAAAAAAAAGAAGAAGAAAAUCAUCGUCUUCAUCUGGUAAAUGGGCAAGAAUAGAUACAGCAAAUGACAGUGAAGAUCGACAUGAUGGACAUGGAGAUGAUGAUAGAACAACAGACUAUGAUCACAAAAAUGAUGAAACUGGUGUUCAUGCCGAUGAUGCAGGUGAGCGGUCAAAAUAUUCAAAUAAUCGAACACUUAACGACUGGACUACAAGUACUGGAGCACAUAUACCGCCAUCAUUAACCGUCACGGAAGUUCAAACAGCACUGACGGCAGACAACUUCACAGAUAUAAAACCUUCAUUACAAACUUUAAUGGCAAUGCAACAACAGUACUCACCAUUGCACAUUCCCACAUUUUCUGGGUCACUCAGUAUGGCAUUACCAGGUUUUCCACUCCCAACAACAAGUUCAUCAACACUAAAAGUACGCGGUGCAUCCGAUUGUCCAGGAAUUUGUCCAUUAUGUGGCGCAACAUUAAGACAGGCUAGAAAUCUUCGUAGGCAUUUAUUAUCAUCAUGCAAAUAUCGACUAAAUAGUUUUCAUACGUUGCAACAAUCAACUGAUCAUGUUGUUGUAGAUAUUGAACCGAAAAUAGAAAUAGGUGCAUUUAGUAAUCAAAAUCAUGUAAAUGAUAGCGGAGAAAGCAAUAGUUGUGAACAAAUUGUUUGUCAUCCAAGUCCUUUACCGUCACCUACACACAAUUCAAAUAAUAUGUCACCUCAUCAAAAUAUAUCUGAAACUAUCGCCAGAUGAGAUACAUAAUUCAGAGUAAAUUUAUUAUUUAAUAAUAAAUUCAAGAGAUCAAUUUUUAAAAAUAAUUCAUUCUCAAUGCAAAGAUACAAAAAAAAAAUAAAUA